AACAGGCCAAGGCAUUUUCAGAAUCGAAAAGCGAAGAGCGUAAAAGGGCAACAAACAGAAGCACGAAACAGAGAGAGAAAGUAAGGAGAUGGGUUACGUAUUCAGGGUGAGAAUGGCUUCGUUCUUCGCAGGAGCAGCAACAGCCUCCUUUGUAGGAUUCUAUGUUCUCUACAAGGAUUACAAGGUGGCCCAUGAUUCCAUCUCUCAACAGGUGCAAGGCCUCCAUGAAGGGCUGGACAGAAGGAUUUCUGCUUUGGAAACAUUAAAGCAAACUGAAGCUUCUCAGCCUGCAUCAGCAGCAGAGUAGGCAACUUGCUAGAGAGAAGUUAUGCAUCAUUCCUCAUGGCUGCCUAGAGAGAAGUUAUGCAUCAUUCUUCAUGGCUGCCUAAUAUUAUGGUGUGAAUAGCAUCAGAUGGAACAAAUUACAGGGAUGGUGAAAACAUGGAACAGCUAGAUACAAGAAUUCCAAGCAAAUUAUUGUUAAUUUUUUUUGGGCAAAAUCCAUUAAGAGGCCCUUGAAAUAUUUGUGUUUGUUGCAGUUAGCCCCCCUUAUAUCAAUUGUGUUCUAUUGAGCCCCUGAACAAUUAUGUUUAUUUUAUUUUAUUAGACUCUUGUGAUAGAAAUUGAGAGUGUUGUUUCCACUCUCUGUUAAAGGCAUGUGACGUUAAUUAAGACAAGGCUGAUUAAGAUGA